CAAUGUGCACGCCGAAGACGAGGGUGGGUGGCCGCCGCCAGCGCCCGUCGUUUAUUUCCACGGCCGCGGUAGCUGUCGGUUGCAUGUCCUCGUGGUCCCAAGCUUUCGUGGUCCCAACGGCAUCGUCGUCGCGCGCAGUGUCCGGAGCUUUCACCCCCACCGUGAACUCUCGCACCCCAGUAUGGGAGAGCGGCGCCGUGGAACGGAGGAGGCUGCGCGCCGCGCUGCGCAUGGUAGCAGCCGAGAAGGAGGCCGCCGCGCCGGCCACCACGACGGGACCGUCACCCGUCGGGGCACCCCUCAGGGUGGGGAUGUUCGGGGGGGGCACUGUCGGUGGAGGCGUGUAUGAGAUCUGCGAGCAGGACAAGAAGGCGUUCUUCCAGGGGCUGGGCUGCGACUCGGAAAUCAUCAAGGUUUGCGUACGGGACAGCAAGAAGCCCAGAGACUACAAGAUGGACCCUAAAACGGAGGUGGUGACGGACUACGCCGCUAUCCUGGACGACGAUUCCAUCAACUGUGUCGUGGAGCUUAUGGGCGGCGUCACGGACGCGAAGGACGUGGUCUUCGAGGCCAUCCGUCGCAACAAGCACGUCGUCACGGCGAACAAGGCCCUCGUGGCUGCGUACCUCGGCGAGAUCCAGGAGCUGCUCAAGGAGCACCCGGGGGUGACGUUCGGAUACGAGGCCGCGGUGUGCGGCGGCAUUCCCAUCAUCGCCACACUGCAGAACGACUACCUGGGGGACAAGAUUCUCAAGGUGUGCGGCAUCAUGAACGGGACCACUAACUUUAUGCUCUCCAAGAUGGAGAGCGAGGGCGCCGACUACGGAGAAGUGCUCAAGGAGGCGCAGGACUUGGGCUACGCGGAGGCGGACCCUACGGCGGACGUGGAGGGAUUUGACGUGCAGGCUAAGAUCGCUCUCCUGACAAAGCUGGCGUUCGGCGCCACGGUGCCAUCGGAUUUGAUCCAGUGCAAGGGAAUCUCAUCCCUGACCUCGGUCGACUUCGAGUACGCCAAGAUGAUGAAGUCGACCAUCAAGCUGCUGGGCACCGCCAUGCGGUCCCCCGACGGCGAGAAGCUCUCGGUCUUCGUGUCCCCCGUGCUCGUGCCGCUCAGCCACCCCAUUGCCUCCGCCAGAGGAGCAGGGAACAUCGUCUCCGUCGACUCCAAGAACAUGGGCACGGCAUCGUUCUCUGGACCCGGCGCGGGGCGGUACCCCACGGCUAACUCUGUGGUGAACGACAUCGUUCGCCUCGGGACGGGCAAGGUUGGCUCCCCCUUCCCCUUCGACAAGGAGUGGGAGCUGGAGUCGGACUUCACGUCAGCCUUUUACUUGCGCAUCACCUGCUCGGACGAUCUUGGGAUCAUCCAGCGAGUGGGGGAGCUGGCGGCGGAGAACGGUGUCUCCAUCCAUGCUAUCCUGCAAAACCCCAUCGAGGACGUCGACAACGUUGACUUCGUUGUCACCACGGACCCCUGCAAGCAAUCGCAAGUGGACGAGCUGUCGAGCUCCAUCGGACAGGAGAAGUGGGCAAAAGGAGUGCCCCUCAUCCUAACUCUCCUGUGAUGCGAUGAGUCGAUGCGAUAUUUUGACUCUGUUGUUUCACGUGGACUGAUCACAUGAUUCUCGUUAUGUUUGCUGAAAAAGGUAUUUGGUAGUGCCCGCCAGGCAGAGGGUCGAAACGUCCAGGUCUGGCGCAUUUGUUCGGCUUGACGUUUAGGUUCAUUUGAUGUCUAAGAAUUGAGUCUUGUCGCACCUGGUAGCAUUAUCUCAAACGCCGUUGGGUGGACGCAUCGGAAGAGCGCUCCAUGCUGGAGCUUCACCCCGGUGGGGUGAAUGGUUGACCGGAUUGGUGACUGUAAACUCGGAUGAUUUGAUAGAGCUAGAGAGACUAGCUAGCGAAAUAGGGUUCAGGGUAUCAUAUUCUCUCUCGUCGACGGAUUUUUAUUUGGUAUGGUUCUUGUUUCUUGUCUAAGGCCAACUAAGCUCGGCAUUUUUUUGUCGGCUUUUGCGUGGGUAGCGGUAGCGAAGAUCCGCGGUUGGAUGAGUUACCUUGGAGGUAUGAUCUCUUGUUCUCGUUGGUGGGUGUACGGCUGCGAAUCAGAGGUGUCAGCCCUGGUGCGUGGUGAACAAAAAAACAACGAAUUU